CUGUUGACAACAUGUUACAUAUUAACGACUCUCAUUUAAUCAUGUAAAUAUCUACUACACAUUGCAGGAAAGGUCACGAGAGGCGAUAGCCGUUUACCCACGAAGUGAAACACGUUAAAACAAGAUGCCUCACGCCUCACCGCCCCCUACGCUAACCUCUUCUGUAUUGGCUCCUCUGUGGCUCAUCUUCCCCUGUUUCGAGAUCUCCUUCAACCUGUCACUUGCGAAAAGAUUGCCUGUCUUCAGUCCGAGGAAGGCGUCGGAACGGACGUCAUCAAGUAAGAUUACUACGACGAUCCGCUGGAUAUUGGGGCCAUCAUCGACAGGGCCGUAUUGUCCUCCGAUGCCACCCUCGAUCGGGACUUCGUGACCGUCGUCUUCUUCGAGUGCGAGCACACGAGGUGCGCGACGUGCCGCCCCGGCGACAGGUCGUGGACGUCAAACAUCCGCACCCCAGUCUCAGACGUGGAGUGGACGCACCCCGAAGCGCAAUUCUCGAUCCUGCUCAUCGACAUCGCGCCCUACGGCGAGCGGAGGUCGUGCGCCGUCCAUGGUGACAACGAGAGUUUGGCCCUUUUCGAAGUCGGCCUUUCAUGGCUUGCAUUAUGUUGGUUGUCGGUUCAUAAAUUGUGUGAACAGAGUUCACAAGACAUUCCUAGAAUGAUUCGCUUGCAUGUAAGAACAGAUCAAUCAUACCACUUGCGGAAGAGUCGAUUCAUUCUGUUAUGAUAACAGUUUCUUGCACAACAACCCCCACCGUAACAACCCAAGAAGACUACAACGGAACUAAAGAACGGGAAGAGAUGCAUUUCCGCUGGAUGAUAUAUAUAGAGAGAGAUGGAUGGCGAGGGGAAGUGAAGAUGGCCGGCGCCAUCACCAGAAGAGCGAUGUGGGCAGGCCUUUCCGCGCAUCUCGUCAACAUCACCUCUAAAUUCCUAAGGAGCGCCGCCGACUUUCUUCGCUUCCGUUCCGUCUGUAGAUCGUGGCGCUCCGCCCUUCCCCUUUCUCGAUGCCAUCUCCCCCCUCAGCUUCCCAUCCUCCUCGUCAUCAGCGCCUUCGAGGAUUGGAUCACUUUCCGCCUCACCGGCGACUCCGCCGGACACUGUUGCAGGACUGGUAUAUUUGCCUACAUCUCCUGCCUUGGCUCCUCUUACGGGUGGCUCAUCCUCUUCCACGAGGGCUCCAAAGAGGUCUCCCUGUUCAACCCCUAUACCGCCGAGGCGAUUCCACUCCCCAGUCUUACCCCUCUCCUUGACAAGAUAGAGCAGGAGAACGGAAAUAAGCCCGACGAUGGCGCCACCGUAGAACAUGCCCUCUUGUCCUCCGACCCCACCUUACAUCGGGACUUCGUGGUGAUCGUCUUCCUCGAGGCCGUGCAUCUUAGAUGCGUUACAUGCCGGCCAGGGGAGAGAUCGUGGACGGCAAACCCCAACUCCAUUUUCUUGGACCUCCGGUUAACGAUCCCGGGAGAGGACCUUUCGUUCCCGAUGAUGGAGGUCGUGCCCUACGGCGAGGGUAGGCUUUGCGCGAUCUAUGGUGACAACAGGUACUGGGCGGUGUUGGGCGUCGACCCAGGGCCACCGGGGAGGGUAAAGGUCACAGCAUGGGGUCGCCUUCCCUCGUGCGUGCCGCACACUAUUCCCUCCGCCCUGGUUCCGUCGGCCGGAGAGCUGCUGCUGGUCACCUGGUGCCACGAGAGAACCGCAAAUGCGACGAGGGACCUCAUCUUACGCGUCUUCAGGUUCGACCCAGGAGAAAUGGGCAGGGAGGCGGUGGCCUCGGAAGUGGAAGACAUCGGCGAUCGCAUGCUGUUCCUGGGGAAGAACCACUCCGUGUCCGUCGCAGCCCGAGACUUCACCGGGUUCCAGGGGAACGCGAUCUACUACGUUGAUUAUGAGUUGAUUCUGGGAAAGAUGAUGACGGCUCUCUGCGUAUUCCGAUUGAGAAGUAGUGAAACCGCAUACGUUUUCGAAUCGAACGAGCUGCGGUUCACCGCCUGGUGGGCGUCCGCAAACCUUCGCAGCUACAACGGAAGUCUUCGUGGUUACAACUAGCGAUGGCUACGCCCUUCUCUCUUCCAGGUACCAUUCCUUUCAUCGUCAAACCUCGUGAUACACUAUUGUUGUCAAGGACAAGUCGAUCAUCUUGAAGUUGAGGGCCAAAGCCUCCUCUGUCCUACGAGUACUACUAUUAUAGUACAAGAAACACCAGUUCGGAACAACCUCCUCACCUCCCAAUUCCUGACGAACUCCAGUACAAGGUUCCAUAUCAUUCUUUGUCUGUUUCCUUUGAACAUUUUCUUCUACGGGGAAAAUCUUGGCAAUGAUCCUCGCUCUCAGCUCCCCUUCAUCCUCAUCCUCUUCCCACGGCAACCAAGAAUCCGCUCCUCUCGCCUCGCCAAUGUGUCUAAUUCGUUGAUGAAGCGGAGACCGAGGCCAUCGUUGACAAGGCUAGAUGAUCCUUCGACCCAGUCCUCGAUCGGAACUUUAUUACGAUCAUCUUCAUG